CAUGGCGGCGAAAACAAAAUAGCAUGUGUUAUUCACUAAUUGAUUUAAAGGGCUAUUCAAGUGUAACGCAAAGGUAACUUACAAAAUACACAUCAUGCAUUUAAGACCAAUAAGAUAUCCAUGUAAACUGUUGUUUUGAAGUGAAAAUAAAGGACCGGUACCAUCGGUAAAAUGGCUAAUGUUGACUUACCCGAUGUAUCCAUGGAUUUGGACAGUCAAGAGGAAAGAGAGGCACAUGAAUGUGAUGUGUGUCACGUCUCCUACUCGACUGAUGCGGAACUCCGAGAUCAUCACUGGUCCUUAAUGCAUCAUAUCAAAAUGGAAAAACAAAAGAAAGGGAGUGUCCACAAUUGCACAUUGUGUUUCAUGACGUGUGCGAACAUAAUAGAGUACGGCAAACACUUGAAUGAGGAGAAGCAUAAACGAGCCAUGGAGGACAGCCGGAGACAGAGAGAAGAGGAGGACCUACUGAUGGGGAAAGACGUCCUCAUGGCCAGAAUCAGGGAAAAAGAGGAGCAGGAGAAAACUAAGCAAAGAAACAGACAGAAAAUUAAUCAAGCAAAAAAUAAAGGAGGUAGCAAUGUAUCUGACGACUCAGAAUCCAACAGAAACAAUGCUGUGGGAAAGCGUCGCAGUGAAAGAACGAACCAGAGGAGGUGGGGGUCAGGAGGUGGUCACCAGAGGUCCUUCUCCCUCCCCGGACAAAACAUCGGCCAGAGGGUUAUGAAUCCUCAUUGGGAGCGCCAGUCAUAUAAUGAUGAUUCCCAGCUAGAUUCCAGAGCAAACAAUUUUCAAGACCCCUCAUGGACUCAGUGGAACGGGAAUUAUGGGAAUAUGCAACACAAUCAGUGGGAUAUGAAUAUGGGAUUUCCACCGAAUAAUGAAUUUUCUACCCAGAACUACCAACAGCAGGGUUAUGGUGAUGUACAAUUCAACAUGCAGGGUCACUUUGAAGGCAAUGGUUGGGGAAUAGAUAGAAGAGGAAUGAGAGGUAAUGUGGGUCCAGGCAGUAAAAAGAAUCAGUAUAAUUUACAUCAUAAUAAUCAUAACUUUAAUCCAAACUUUCCUUAUGAAUUAAUGAAUGCUUCAGGAUUUCCUGAAAAAACUUGGGGAUGGGGUGAGGACUACCAUGGAUUUCAAAAUGAGUACUCAUUCAGAGACCAAAAUAGGUGGGACAGGAGGAAUCCUCAAAGAAACAAUUUGAGAAAGGACAGCUUUAGAGAUAGAAGUAGCAAGAACAUGGAGAGCAAGACAUCGCAUAAUGAAAGGGAAAUGAAAAAUACCCAGGAAAACAAGAACAAAGAAAAACCUCAGGAGAAAUUGGACUCACAUACAGACACUGUGUUCAGGAUCCCAGGGGAAGUAACCAGGUCAAACACCAGAUCAGCAAGUCCUAACAGUGAAAGGUACCUCGACAAUAUGCAAGAAAACAGAAAUAGGUCAGACAGCUAUGAGAAAGGAACCAAUAAACGACGACGAUUUAAUUCCCCUGCCCACUCCACUGAGAGAAGGAGUAGACAUGACGGAGAUAAGGGACCGAAGAAUACUCACAUCAGGUUUGAAGAUGAUGAUGACAAAUCCUCCCCGCAGGAAGGGGACAGUGUGACCAGUAGUGGAGACAAGGAGGAACUGUCCAGCGGCUCAAGUGGAAGGAAAGGAGAGAAGAAGGAGAAGAAGAAAAGUAUACUGAAGAAAAAGAAGAAGAACGGGGACAAGGGAUCUCCACCUGGCUCACCCAAGAGGUCAGGCAAGAAAGGUCGGGAGGAGAAGGGGGGAGAGGGGGUGUUAGAAAAGGCAGAAAAACUGUGUAGAGAACUCCGAGAGAAGAGGGAGAAAGCAAAGCUAGAGAGAGAAAAGAAAAUGAAAAUGGAACAGAUGGAAAAAUUAGAAAACAUCAACCAAGAAUUAAAGACCUUAUCAGAUAAAAGUAAGGAGUAUGUGAAAGGACAUAUUCCUUCUGAAGAAAUCAGGCCAACAGAAACUGUUGAUUCUAGUGCUAAGGAAAGAACAGAGAAAGAAAUCAAAAGUGGAAACAUUUCAAAGUUAAGUCAGUGUAAUAAAGAUAUUGACAAAAUAAGACAGAACAUUGAGAAGAGUGUUCAGUGUAUUAGUGAGAAACAGAAACUGCUGAAUUCUACUAGGACAGAGAGUAAGUCAGAGAAGAAUAGUCCAACAAAUAAAUCCCAACCGGAAUCUGUCAUUCCAGAAGCAUCAGUAGGACACUCAAAUAAGAAGGAAGUGUCUGCAAAACCCGACAGUCAAAAAACAAGUAAGACAUUGGAUAAAACAGGAAGUAGUGGUAAAUCUAAAGAAAAACCAACCACUGACUCUUUGUUAAAAAUGGUGAAUUCACCGAGAUCCAGGAAAGAGAGACAGCAGUUGGCUGGAAUGUUACGAUCUUACGCUCAGUCACAGAAGAAACUUUCCCUUCCUCGAUACAAUCUUCAGCUCUCUGGGAGUUAUGAUGAUAAUUUUGAUGAUAAAAUGGAGGAACUGAGAUUAGAAGAAUUGUCCCCCGAGGUGCAGAUUCAGAUUGCACAGCUAAUGGAGGCAGACGUCACACCAGACUUAAAUGAUCUGGAGAAGGCAUUGAUGUCAAGUUCUGGUAAAGGGAAGAAAACUAGGGAGACGUCUGAAGCUGGUAAGUCCGAUACUUCUUCCGGACCCGGCUCAUUUUAUGUCUCAGCAUUAGACCAGUUCCAGGAAUUAGACAGAGCCUUACAGGGUGGCUCAAAAGAAAGGCCAGGAACCAUGUCUACAGACUCCGACAAAUUACAACCAACAAACAGGAGAGAUAUAGACUCCAAUUCUGCACAGCCACUGAAAAUGAAUGACCUUUCUUCUAAUUCUGCUGUUAUUGUGAAGAGUGAACCCAUGGAUACAGGUCACGAGAAAUCAGCCCAGGGAUCUACCAGUCCAGACAACGCAUCGAGCCUUGUGACGUCGACCACCAGUCUGGGGGAGACCAGUAAAACACUGCCCACACCUACUGCCGAUCCAUCUCCCAGAAUGCCUCAGUCCUCGGAACACUUUCCCCUGAGGUCAUCCACACAAAUGGGAGCUUCUCUUCCUACAUUGUCAGGAUCAUUGUCCUCAUUGGAGAGUGGUAGAUCCACAGAGAGUAUCUUUGACACGGUGUAUGAUAUUAGCAUUAAGGAGGAAUCACUGAGGAAAGACUUGAACGAAGUGGAAAAGUUUAUAACUUACUUUAGAAACGUGAUUGAUGAAGCCACAGUACAGCUCAACAGAUACAAUGAGAAAAAACUACGGUUACAAAGUGAAGAGGAAAAACUUCGAGGGAAGAGAUUGAGAAUUCUCCAUGAGGCCAAAAUCCAGCAGCGGUCAGGUCGGUCUACCCCUCAGCUUUCGGAACUGGAAGAUCAGAUCAGGGGCCCAGCCCUGGAGGAGAGUGGGAAGGCCCUGACCCCUGGUCCGUCCUCUAAUGACCCUGACCCUCACCGGGACCCUCAGGUAUCAUCGUACAAUGACCCUCACACAAGUACUUUGUUGAAUGUUUUGAAUCGUAACCAGCGUCUAGAACCAGAGCGUGAUAGACAGGUUUAUGCUUCAUCGUUUGGCACUUCUAAUUCCUCGGUUCUCGCUAACCCUAAUUCCCAUGCUUCAGACUCCAUUUUUUCUCAGUUGAGAAAUUUGUCCUCAAGUCUGCAACAGGAAACUAUUUCCAUGGAGGCUGAGAACAAAUUAGAACACAGUUUAUGUAGAGAUUUGGCUUCUAUUAAAAAGGAGCCUGAAGAAGACGAUCAGGUCACCUCAACUCAGGGAACUGUCGGAGGAACUGCAAUCAAAGACAAAUCAUUAAACACGGAGGGCAGUAGACAGAAGUCAGCGAUGGACAGAAACCAAGACCAGCCACAGGGAAGUAGGAAGCAAAGUGAAGCCAGUGUUUCUCAUAACAUAACUCAUUCCCUUCCCCCAAAACCUGUAAAAUCCACCAGGAACCCAGUGAACAAAACAACAGAAAGUAGUGACCCUAGGAACAGCUCAGAUAUAGCCCAGAGUACAGAGCUUAAUGAAGCAGGAUUUAUCACUCUGAACUCUUUAAUUAAAACGUCUAAUCUGAAGGAGGAGGUAGACUCGGAUGACGAGCCUCUGGCAAACUUAAUGAGACGCCGGAGACAGGAUUCUCAGCGUUCUGACGACAGCCAGAGGAGAGGAGAGAGCGACGAGAACGAGGCGAAGAAGUUCAACAUGCAGUACAUGGGAACUUUGGGCGUGGACAACAAGGCAUUUCUCACUCAACUGGGAAAAGGUCAAGGUAGCAGCAAAGGUCAAGGUCCCUCCUACAUGGUGCUGGACAAGGACACUGAUGUGUACCAGCAUAUCCAGUCCCUCAUCAAAGGAGGAAGGCCAGAGGACAAGGAAACAGGGGGACCAACCUCUCCCCCGGGGGAUGGUCAGAGACAGAAGGACCACAGAGGAGGGGGGCAGGGUAAAACUAGGAACCUCAGGAGUGGACAUUUGAGUGACUCAAACUACGAAAGUGUGAACAGUAACUGCUCCCUGGGUGAACAAAUCAGGCAGUAUGCAAAUAUGAACAAAAAAGGCAGUAAACAGUCGGAGGACAAUGUGGUGGUGGUGAACACAGACUCUGACAGUGGGCGGAGUGAUAGGACUUUACAGGAAGACCCCGCACUGCUGAGCGACAGCUGUACACCUGUCAGGACGGUCAAGUCCGGACUCCGGAACCUCGAUCUGGACACCAGUCCGUUAACGGCCACAAACCAACAAAUACGUCACGGUCGGGAAGAAAAGCAAACAGCACAAGAGGAAGCCAGAUGCUUGUCUCCCUCUAAGAAGAAGUUGAGAACCAAGAAAGAGAGGGACAGAACCUCUGUGAGAAAGCAGAAAGAGGGAUACGUCCUCGAUUCCAGCUCAGAUGGAGGAAAUUCACAAGACGGAGAAAGCGUUCCUAAACUGAACAACAUUAAACAACAACUUGUCUUUAAGUCCCUGAGUAACAUCCCCGCCGCUCUGAGGGCUGAGGGUCUGGACCCAGAGGAGGCGGGGCUCGUGGAAACAGGGUCAGAGGACACGGAACAGAGUGUACGGAUCAAACAGGAAGUGAUGUCAGGACGGAGUCUGCUGGAGGAUGUACAGCUAGAGACUGAGUCAGAGGACAACAGACAGCUGGCCGUGGAGGCCAGGGAAAGAUUAUCUUUGGACAAGGAGGUAAUGGAGAAUUUCAGGAAGGCGGUUGAGAAUAUGAAGUCUACCUUGAGUCUGUCCGCGCUGCAGAUCCCUGAGGACUCUUUACCCUCCCCCCACAGCGACCCCGUCCAAUACACGGGACCAAAGGAGGUCAUCUCGGGUAUCGAGGUGCUCGACGGCUUCCUGUAUGUCUCUUACCAAGGAAAAAUCAUCAAAAGGUUCAACCUGCAGACAGGAGAACUGGAUUUUGAUUUUAACACGAUGAGUUACAAUGUGAGUUGUAUCCUUGUAUCUAAAGAAACAAACAAGCUUUAUGUUGGAGCACAAGAGAUGAUGCUUCUGACCUACUGCUGUAAGACAAAGAAGCCGCUGAAGGUGGAGCCCACAGAAGGCAAACCCCAGUGUUUCCUGGAGAGCUGGGGUCAUCUAUAUAUAGGCACCGACUGCGGGACAGUGGUGGUCAUGUCAUUAAAGAAUGACAAAGUUCUGGACACGUUUCACUGUGCUGACCGUUCAAUCAGCCGGAUAUGCUCAGCCACAGAGGGUGUUCGUAAGGUCAUUCUGGUAGCCUCAUUUGAUGCAGUGAUCUAUGUGUACGACAGCAGUACAGGCUUACUGAUACGAAUGUUAGAGGGACACACAAAGACACCCUUCUCCCUACAGGUGGAUGGUCAUCUAGUGUACAGUGGAUCAGGGGACAAAACUGUGAUGGAACACAACAUCUCGAUGGGGGAGUUACUGUGGACCUUCACAGAGGCUACUGGGAUAGUGUCAUGUGUCUGUACCCAUGGCGACCAGCUGUUUUGUGCUUCCUAUGAUAGACUGAUUCGCUGCUACAGCAAAAAGAGUCGGAAGUUGUUACGCCUUUAUUACGGAGCUGGGGCAGGGGAGGGGUUAAUCAUCCGAAUGAGAAUAAGUGACGGAAUGUUAAUCACGGGAAACAGACAAGGACUAACAGAGGCCGUCCCUAUAACUCAGCAGGAUCACAGCUGUCAGUGUUCAGACUGUAGUUUUGUGUUUGCCUUGAGGAGUCAUCUAGUAUACCAUGUGGUUCAUGAUCACAUCUUAAACAAUGUCCGAGCUGGCAAAAAGACCCACUGUCCAUGGAGGAACUGUAAAGAGAGAUUCCAGUCUACUGCCCCAAAAGAUGUGCUGGAAGAACACAUCAUUGUUCAUGCCUACACCUAGAAGUGUUGCGAGUGCCAUUUUCUGCUGUGAUUUCAGAUAGUUCAGGACUUACACAAGACAAAUUAAUUCCAUUUUGGUGACAAACACAUAUACACAUCUGUCAAUGGACAGCUUUGUUGUUGAUCUUUUUAAGUUUUACUUUUAUGUGUAUUUUCAUAAAAGAACCUGUUUGGAUUUUGCAUUUACUGACAUAAGAAGCAACUCUGCACAAAUACUAUUUCUAUAUAAAGUAUAAAAUAGUUUUUACCACAGUUUCAUUUAUCAGGAAUGUAUGAUAUACAUUGUGCUAGGCAUUUAUUAUGUUAUGUGAUAUUCUUAUGUUCAUCAUUCUUGGAAGCACUUACCCUAACAAGAAAUUAAAUUUUGAAUUGUUUUA